AUGUUUGCUCGUGACCUAGUCAAAUUCGGCUACAACGAGUGGAUGCUGACUCUUGAAAUCAUCAACAAUCAUAUAUGUGUUCAUUAUCAAGAAGUGAAGUUGGCAAUCCAGCAACUUCUCAAUGAAGUGAAGAAACUAAACCUGGUACCAUCCGCUGGUUUAUCAAUCUGCUUUCAACGCACUAACUACCUUCUUUCUGCUCCCACCGAGCACUUGUUUCAUCUUCUCUUUGAAAGGCUAGGUCACUAUAACAUAGAGAGAGUAUAUCACGUGCUGAUAUCAGUAGAGUUGAAUAGAAGGCUGGAUGAGUUGAAACUUGAUCAAUUUAGAUGGGUAAAUACUGAAAUCUUGAAAGAAGUUGACAGGUUCUACAAUGGCUCUUCUGAUGACUUUGUGGAAGAAGGUUAG